UCCCAGAGCCUUAAAUGGCUCCUCGCCAGAGCCCCACUCCGGGCUCCCCGUCAGGAGUCCAGGCCCGGUUCCCUCGGGGGGCUUCAGGCCUUCGGGCCGCUCCCUUCUGCGGCCAGGGCACAGCCGUGCCUGGGACGCCAGGUGUCCUGCCCCACGCCUGCCUCCACCCUCCCCUUCCUGCCCACACCCUUGGGCGGGCGCUUCCCGGCCUCCUUCCUCCGGGAUUGCUGCCCAUGGCCUCCAUCGCCGGGCCCGGCCUCUCUGGGGGUCAGCGGGGGGAGCAGAAGGCCCUGGCGGGGGCCGUGAAAGAGCUAGAGCACCUGGGCUCUGCCCUGGGCCGGGGCCCCCGCCUGGAGCCGGGCCCCCCCUCGCUGCCGGACCUGCUCCCUCAGAUGGCCAGGCUACUGCAGCGGGUGGCAGAGGCCCGCGGGCAGGCCCCCGGAGGCCACCGGGAGCCCGGGGGGGCCGCCGACUUCCUGGCUGGCUUCCUGACUAACCUGGGCCAGAAGGCGCAGCAGGCGGCCGCCCUCGUCUCAGCGGGGGCGGGGGAGGGCCCUCGGCACAGGAGGCAGCUGACCAAGCUGGCCUUGAUCUUCAGUCACAUGCACACGGAGCUCAGAGCCCUCUUCCCCGAUGGUCACUACUGCGGACACAGCUACCAGCUCAGCAAGCCCCAGGCUCAGGACUUCUGGAGAACCGCUUGUGGGACGAGGUGUGUGGUUCCAUGGGAAGAAUUCAAGAAGCUUCUGAGUUCCUGCCACCCUGUGAAGCCGGGCCCCAUGGCCCAAGCCUUGAAAUCCACCAUCGACUUAACCGUCAGCGGCCACGUGUCCGUCUUUGAGUUCGACGUCUUUACCCGCCUUUUCCAGCCCUGGGCUUCCCUGCUCAAGAACUGGACCCUGCUGGCCGUGACUCACCCCGGCUACAUGGCCUUCAUCACGUAUGCAGAGGUAAAGGCCCGCCUGCAGACCUACCUGGACAAGCCUGGCAGCUACAUCUUCCGCCUGAGCUGCACCCGCCUGGGUCAGUGGGCCAUCGGCUAUGUGAGCGAAGACGGCCAAGUCCUUCAGACCAUUCCUUUGAACAAGCCCCUCUUCCAAGCUCUGAGAGAAGGCCAGAAAAAAGGCUUGUACCUCUAUCCAGACGGGAAGAAUGUGAAUCCCGACCUGUCGGAGCUGGCAAAAGUUAUGGAUCACAAACACAUUGAGGUCUCACAGGACCAGUUUCGGCUCUACUGCACCAUGAACUCCACCUUUGAACUGUGCAAGAUCUGCGCGGAAAGGAACAAAGACACGAGGUUGAAGCCCUGUGGCCACCUCCUGUGCUACCCUUGCCUGGAGGGCUGGCAGAAAUCCCCAGGCCACACGUGCCCCUUUUGCAGACAUGCGAUUCAGGGAUGGGAGGCUGUGACCAUCCAGCCUUUUCCUGGGGACUCACAAGACCAGAAACACAAGGAGACUUUGAUUAAGGUGGAUUCUGGGGAUUUCCCUUUUGAAGCUCCCAUUCUGCCCCCAAGACCUGACCUGUCCCAUGGGAGAGAUGGAGAUCGUGGACCGCUCCCAACCAGAACUCAGGAACCGGGACCCAGGAAGCCUCAUCCAGGGAAUGCGAGCCUUGGGCCGGAGUGAGCUCUGAGGCUCCCACCCCCUCCAAAAAUCAAUAAGUCUGUAGGGCCGGGAACCAGCAGAAACCUGAGACCCGACAGGAUUCGGAGCUCAGAAUCCAGCACCAGAGAGGGGAAAGUCUCUCAGUCCAGUCAGUGCACGAUGACUAAAGAAACUGCAAAGCCCCAAACUUAGUCAGAGGCUAGAGCAUCCAGCCAAAAACUAGAACCCAGUUAAAAACAUAG